GCGGAACGGCCGAACCGCGCCGCUCUUUCCCCACAAAGAAGGUUAGCCAUGUUUCCGACAUCAAUCCAACCAAACAUAAAACCCUCCUUUAAACUCUUAAAUUUUCCUUCUCAAAACCCUAGAAUUUCUACACAUCCAUGCUCCAUUUCCGGCAUAAAAUUCAGUCAGUGCACAAAGAAGGUUAAUCUCAAACAAUCAGCUUCAUCGCCUGCCGUCGAUCCAAUUCUCACUAAUGAACAGCCCUUUGAUGAUUCCGCCGCCGAAUCCCCAUAUAAAGAGGUCGGUUUCUUCAUUUCCGUAUUUUAAUGUUGUUGUUAUUAUUAUUACUAUUAUUGUUUAUGCCUUGUUUUAUAUGAUCUGUUGGAGAAUCUAGGGAUUCGAUGGUUUCUUUUUACCUUUACUCAUUUUAUUGUUGUUUCUGCAGCUUUAUGAGAUGCAAUUAGGUUGAUUAGAUGAAUUUACUAAAAUUUUUGGUUAAACAGAAGCAGGAAGAUGUUGGGAUUUCAUUUCCCUUUUUCUUAGAAGCCAAACAUGGGACUUGCAACAAGUUGCAUUGCUUGUGUUGUGUAUCUCAAAAAGGUCUUGGUUUAGUUCAUUAGCAUUUAUAAUUUUGAAGAAGAACUGCCUUUAGAUAAAAUAGGAAGAGAAGAAAGGAGGGGUGCAAUUGCUACCCCUGAAAUUCAGAUUCAACGAUGUCAUCAUUGAAUUCUCUUGAAUUUUUGGUUAUGAAUCUUGCCACCCAAAUGUGGCUCUUACAUUGUUUUUUCUUGAGCUUGUAUUGAGGUAGUGAAGGGCUUGUCGAUAGGAAGCAGUACUCUAGGUAUGAGCCAAGUCUUGGAUUCAUGAGAUUGCCUGAAAUUGUUUUGAGUAUCUACGGUUGUCCAGUUUUAAGCUGUUUCAUCAAGAGUGAGUAUAUACUAGAGAGAGUUUGAAUUUAGUUGGCAAUAUUUAGACUCCUAUUUCUACUUUCUAGUAUGCAUUUUCUAUAUUGAAGUUUCUUUCACAGUUGUCUCUGCACUCAUGAACUUAGGCCUA